AUGAAUACGGAGUUCUUGAUAACAUCGAGCAUUUACAUUUGCUGCUAGAUAUUCAUAAUAAAAACUGAUAUUGAUUACGUAAUUUGCAGAGAAAAAAGCGCUGAAUAAUUAAAUGAAGUUUUUAUUAAUAAUCUAUCUAUGAAAGUGUGUAACAACGCCUCUAACUCAAAUAACUUCAAACUUAGAAUUUUCUUGAAAUCCUAAUCUAAGGGGGAGUCAUCAUCUUUAUAUUCAAUUUUAAACUCCCAGAAGUUCGUUUUUGGAGAUGAUGAAAAAAAUCAUAGAACACCUAGACCUUUAAUUCUUUAUGAAGAUACCUCAGAUAGGUAUAAGUCCACUACAAGUUCAUCAAGCUCUUCACAUUUAAGGAAAUUAACCCAAAGGAUAAAAUAAUCAACUGACUCAGAAAUAAAUGCAGAAAACCCAAUCUCAUUUUAUUAAAUUCUUGAUAAUUAUAAUGACUAAUAUCUAAAUUUACAACUUAACAAAGAUAGAUAUUAUUCUCAAGAAAAGACGACUAAAAAAAUUAAAAGGUUGUAUACGGAACAAACUGAAAUUGAAACAAUAAAAUAGAAACCAUUUAAAUAAUAGUAAAUUUACUCUUAACACUAAAAGACCAAAAAGGGUUUAAGUGUAAAAUAAAAAUUAAUUAAUUCUUGCAAAAAAAAUAACAAGAAAUUAUUUUGA